AUGAUACCUUUCUCGUAUGUGUAUAGAAAAAAUGCGCCGAUUUUCUCCACCAUGCGCACCUGCAUCGUGGUCAUGGGCGUGGCCGGCGCGGGCAAAACGACGGUCGGCGAGGCGCUGGCGCGCGCGUACGGAGCGCCGUUUUGUGAUGCCGAUGAUCUUCAUACGCCUGCAGCUGUGGCCAAGAUGGCGCGGGGCGAGGCAUUGACGGACGAGGAUCGGUGGCCGUGGAUCGUGCGUGUACGUGAAGCGGCGGAGCGCGCUGCGAAUCCGCGGUGCGUCGUCGCAUGCUCGUGCCUUCGGCGUGCGUACCGUGACGUGCUUCGCGCGACAGAGAUGCGCGUGGUGUUUGUGUACUUGCCGGUCGAUCCUGCUGUCGUAAUGGACCGACUCCAGCGCCGCCGCGGUCAUUUCAUGAAGGCCGACAUGCUCGCGUCGCAGCUCGCUACGCUGGAGCCGCCCGAUGCUGACGAGGCCAUCACUGUGUCGCAGGCGCGUGUGGACGAUAUCGUCGCUGAGCUACGGGACAAGAUCUAG